GUAGAGUAUCGUACAAGGACACCAACACCUAUCAUGCUGACCAAACCAAGCCUUUAUGACCCUGAUAUAAGAAAUAGAAAGAAAGGCAAAUUUUAUAUUGAUUUUGAGUUGUCUAUGGAUAGAUAUCCGAAUAACAAAGCUCGCACAUACCCUGACGAGUCUAGGAAUGGACAGCAAACUACAUCAACUGGGUCAAAUACCAAACCUUUUAGAAAUAAUAAUAUAAUUGAGUGCAGUAGAAGUCAGAAAUCAGAUAAACCAGGCAGCCAGUUAUCUACUGAUUGUGAUAUGAAAGAACCAAUCACAGACAGCGUAUCAAGUGUUAGUGAGAAAGACAAAAUGAACGAACCAAUCACAGAUAAAGUAUCAAGUGUUAGUAGGAAGGACAAAAUGAAAGAACCAAUCACAGACAGUGUACCAAGUGUUAGUGAGAAAGAUAAAAUAUGUGAAGAUCUACCCAAACUAAGCAUUAUUAAUAUGGACCAUUUUUUGGUUGAUGGCUUCAAAUUAAAAACUAGUACUGCGCCAUUUGACGUUAUGCGAAGGCAGAGCACCAGAAGUAGACACUUUGAAGAAACACUUAACACUAUGAAUGACAGAACAUUGAUGACAAAUGACAAUAUUAAAUCAAACACAUUAAAUCACGGAACUUCUAAUACAUUGGAUAACAAAGCAGCACAUGUAUGUGACAGUGAUACUGAUGUUGGAACGGAUUCUUGGAAAUCUGGAGUAGUCAUGGAAACAAAUCAAGAAAAUGCUGAGGGAAAAGAUGUUACAAUAGAAACAGACACAAAAGAGAUUUCUUCUGGUGAUUCUUAUCAAAGUAAAGAUAAAAGAAUAGAGAAAUGGUUACAAUCAACACAAGAACCACCACAGCACUCUACUACUACAGUGAAAUCAACAUCAUAUCAACCACAGCGCUCCACUACAAUUUCCCACAGUAGUGAAACACCAAGAAGACUAUAUCAAACAAACAUUGCAACAUUACAGUCAAGAGAUAUGUUUCACAGUAGGCAAAGUUUUAAAUCUGCCUCCAGUAGGGCUAGCAGUUGUAGAUCUGUUCCUAAACCAUCACCAUGGAAACAGCAGUACAAUGUAACAACACUGUCAAAUCCCUCAAGCUUAAAAUAUAAAAGUUAUAAAAAAAGUGUUGGUAACUAUGGCAACAAUUACAGUCUAGUGCAUAGUAUGAGGAAAUGUAAUGUUGGGAGAACACCACCAGUAAAAGGAGACUCAGUGUACCAGACUGUACCAGAUAGUCAUUUAAUGUUAAUUUCAAGUACCCCAUCCACUCGUACUGAUUCACCAGAUGUGAGUGCUUGGCCUGAUCAAUCUGAGAAGACAUACACCUUGACAACUCCAAAAAGAAGUAUAACAAAUGUGACAAGUUUAAAAAAUUCAGAGAGGAGUAAGAUGGAUAAAUAUAAAGGCUCAACAACUUAUAAUGAUUUGGGGAAAUACAAGAGAGAUAAUUUUGCACGAGAACGAGACCAUAAUAAUGCACAAUUAAAAAUCUAUUCAUUGAUUAAACAAGAAGAAGAAACAAAGCAUAAAAGACAACUUGUCUUACUGCAUCAGCAAGAAUUACAGAAAAAAAAUCAAACUCAAAGGUCUAAGAAGCAAUCAGAUUGCAGUUCUAAGCCAGAGAGAAUAGAAUCUCAUUAUAGCCAUCCUGCAGUAAGUACUGCAUCACAUAGGACAUAUGGUAUUGAUACAGCACGCUGCAAGUCGGCUGCUUUUAAUGGAUCUCUUAGGAAAAACAAACCUGUUGCUAUAGUAACGCCUAGAACAGUCAGGGUUCAGCCCAGAGAUACAACUUACUUGGCCAUUACAAGCAGACCAGUACCAUCUAUCACCAAGUCAGAGAAUUACCACAAACCUGGAUUCAGUCUUCUUGGUAGCCAAAACACUAAAGCAGUCAAAUUUCCUGUCUCAGGGAAAAUCGAGAAAAACAGCUGGACACAGUCAAAACCUGAACAAUCUAGUGAAUGGGACACCUCCUAUCGUCUUCAGCGUCAGGUUAGCAGUAUUCUUAAAGGCACAUCACAUAUUUCCCAACUCCGUCAAGUAUCUAAAGCCGAAUCUUUUUAUAGUACAUUAUCAGUCAAAUAAAUACCAAAUCAAGUUCCUAUUGGUCUCUUCUACUUAAACCAAUGAAUGGAGUCGCUAAUAUUAGCAUAAUGCUGUAACAACUAGCUAUGUUUAUUAUAAUAUGCAUAUCAACAAAUAUGUAAUGUCACAUAUGGUGAUUAUUUCAGUAAACUGAUGUAAAUAUAA